CGGGCACGGGCACGGGCACGGGUCGCGGCAGGGGCGGCGGCGGGCCCGGGUCGCGCGGCGGUACCGUCCGCAAGCCCCGCAUCACUAAGCUCGAGAAGGAGCAGCGCGAUCGUGAGAAGGCUGAGCGCGAGAAGCUUGCUCUGAUGGCGUCUAAGACGGGCGCGGACUCGGCGGCGUCGGGCUUGCUUGCCCUGGGCGGGGCGCCGGCUGCUCAGGGGGCCGCGUCGGGUAUGGCCAUGUGAGAUUGCUGCUGCUGCUGCUGCUGUUGUUGAUAUUGUUGUUGUGGUUGUUGUUGUUGGUUGGGAAGCGGCGCGCCGGUUGUACAUAGUUAUGGAUGGGGGCGGGCAUUGGGCUUUUUGGCGUUUUGCUUUGCUUUGCUUGGCUUGGCUUGGCCUCGUUGAGGCGGGGGGUGUAUCAUCUAUGUGCGGUAAUUGGGAGGGUGGGGGGUAGGGCGUCGGCAGGCCGGGGCGUCGGGCUGUUUGCGUCUUGCAUUCUGGGGCUGGACGGGGGAUCUGGUCCGGUCCGGUCCGGUCGGAAAUCAUCACAUCACAGCUGGCUUUGCUUCAAAGGUUCAUUUGUUCUCUUUUUCAACUCGGAUUGGGGCUGGUUUUGCGGGUUGACAGAGGCGCAUCGCAUCAUUCCGGCCUGCAGGGAAAGACGGUCUUUGGGACGGCCUUGAACCAGCAGCAGUUCUUCUGCAAUCGAGGCUCCCGCGGUAAUAAUAGAGGCGGAGAGCGUUGCCGAAUAACGGCUGGUUGCUCAUAGCACUCGGCGGCCAGGUAGCCACAUCACGGCGAUUUUUGGAACCCAGUCAAUCCAACAAGAGUUGAAAUUGAAAUCCAA